CCCACAGCCCACGCCCGCCAUGUCGAACGGGGGGCCCCGGGUGAGGCGGGGAGAGCGGCGUGAGUUUUCCGUCCAGGCAUGCGUGAAAACCGAGCCCAUCGACCUGAAGGUUGUCGGGCCGGACGGCUCCGUGGUGCAGUUCAGAAUGAAGCGGCAGACUCCGCUGAGCAAGCUGAUGGAGGCGUACUGCAGCCGGCAGGGCUUGUCAAUGAGGCACAUUAUGUUCCUGUUUGAUGGGCAGCCCAUUAAAGAAGCAGACACACCUGCACAGCUGGAGAUGGAACACGACGACACGAUCGAAGUGUACCAGCAGCAGACAGGUGGAGGGGGCUCAGACACAGCAUCUUUGGGAGAGCAGUUUGAGGAGCCUCAUCACACCUCACUCCCUCAUCUGUCCUUGGAUUUGUUGUUUCAUUAAGGAGCAAAUGAACAUGCCAGUCACACAGGGUUCUCUGAAACUUCACAGGAUAUUUGCCAAAGUUGCUUGUUGUCUUUGACAUUCUGAGUGCACAAGUCAGAAUAGUAUCUGCAGGGAUUGAGCUGUGUCUGAAUUUAACCAUUUGAAGUUCAGGUUAAGUAAUGUGUGUUGUCUCUCUGUUGUUAGCCUUUUGUAAAAAUUUACUGUUUGUAUUCUCUUUUUUCUUUCUUUAAACUUGUGGCCUAAGAAUUUAUCCAUGUGUUGGGACACUGAGCGUUCUUUCCUGGCUCUGGUUGGUCUUGUCUCUCUGUUUUAAGUCAAAUUAUAUAAAUAGUUCAAUUUAUUUUCAUGCCAAAUGUGAGUGUAAAAGCUUCCUUUUAAGAUGUGCCUGAAAGAAGGAACACAGAUACAGGUUUUAAGUUUUUAGCUGGUGUUACAAAUUCAGUCAGUCCCUGGGGCAGCACCAUGUCCUUGACUGGGGCUAGAACACAAUACAAUGCCUAGGACAGGGUUUAAGUACUUCAGGUUUA